AUGACCGGUUGCGAGCGUCGUUCGUUAUCCGACCUACCGCUCGAUAUAAUCAUGGAGAUUCUGUUCUAUUUGCCCUUCCAGGACCUUGAAAAUGUUGCUAAAACCUGCAAGACACUGCGAGUCUUGAGUAACGAAAGUAUCACAUAUCACAGGACGUUCAAAGCCACAAGCCCAGCUUCCCAGUGGACAAAGCAAAUACUGUUCGAUUUCCUGCACAUUAUCGAUCAAAAGCAGCAGUUUUUGAACUUCAUCGACUCUGAACAGAUUUCGGUUGUAAAUGCGGCUCAUGACCUGCAAAAACGGUUCAAUCUCGGCACAUACCCGCGUUUGCUGACACAACAGGACUCGGACGGCCCUUCAAGCUCAGAGAGCCAUCAAGAAGACAGUCCUGACACCACAACAAGAGAGUCGGGGCUGAAAAGUGCUUUUGCAGUUACGGGAAGAACCCGCAGCACUGCUUCACCCGAUCGAGAAGGUCUGGCCUAUCUUAAGAUUUUACAAGGCUUUCAACGCAUCGCCACAAACAGUCACAAGCUCUUUGAGAGCAAGCAUAGCAAUAUCAGAAACCAAAGCUCAGGGCCUGGAUUUGGACAGACUGCAGAAAGGCCUCAAACGCCGAGCAAAGCUGCUGAUGCGGAAGAGCCUCCAACGUCUCAAGAUCCCUCCAGCCUCCAUGCACUCAGUCCUAAGGAGGAGACCGACAUCACACUCACUGAAAACAGCUCACCUGGCUCGUCGCACCAUUCUAGUUCGACAAGCUCACUAUUUUCCGAAGUGCCGAAACUAUCGGAUCUGACGUGGUCGUACUCUGACGUUUUCAAAAGCGUAGAGCCUCAAAACACCGAUUCGGACGGGGAAAGCUCCGAUUCAACCUCGUCGACCAAGUAUCUGCGGGAGUUGCAACGCUCGACCAAGGUGAGCGACAAAAAAUACCUGUUUGAGCGUCUACAUACGCGAAUUCAGCUGGCUCAGGAGUCAACGCAUUCCAAAACCGAAGAUGGCGAUGGAGACACGACUUGGAAAGCGCGGCCGGCGCCAAAGACUGCACAAAGUUUCUCUCAGGGCUAUGUUGUGGAACUAGAGCGUUGCAACUCGCCUUCUCUGCCUCCACAGCUCGAGGCCUCCAAGAGCUCACAAGAAUUCUUGACCCGGUACCAAGACCACAUCGCUACAGGAAUAAAUUCCACGCAUGAGGCAACGCGCAAGAAACACAAGCCAAGGCGCCAAAGUCAGGCUCCUCAUCGAAGGACACUAAUCGCCACGAUCACAAAGGAUAAUAGGAUAUGCUACGAGAAACUUUAA